AUGAAGUUCUUUUCGUUCGCAAGCCUGGCUCUGGCCGGAGCUUUCUCAUCAGUCGCUUCCGCUGCAACGGCAUGCAACAACUCUCCCACCCUUUGCAACCGCAACUACAACAACAUCACAUAUCUUGGUGGCCAUAACAGUGCCUUCUUGCGAGACGCCAGCACCGACAACUCCAUCUCCGGCAACCAGUACUUCAAUGCGUCAGUGGCACUCAGCGCCGGCUUGAGACUGCUGCAAGCUCAAGUCCACAAGGAGAACAACACUCUCAGACUCUGCCAUACCUCCUGCAGCCUCCUCGACGCAGGCCCUCUCCAGAAUUGGCUCGGCGAUAUCAAGUCCUGGAUGGACAAAAACCCCAAUGAUGUCGUGACCAUCCUUCUCGUCGACUCGGACUCUGCAACCACUGAUGAGUAUGCCAGCGCUUUCACUGGUUCCGGCAUUAGCGAGUACGGCUUCACGCCUUCGGGUUCGUGGCCGACGCUCCAGUCCAUGAUCAACAACGGCACGCGCUUGGUCUCCUACGUCACCGGCAUCACAGCUUCGUCGAGCGCCCCCUACCUGCUGAACGAAUGGAGCUAUGUCUUCGAGACCGCCUACAACGUCAUCUCGCUGACCGGCUUUAACUGCACGCUUGACCGUCCCACCAAGGCCGGCACUGCCUCCAGCGCCCUCUCGAGCGGUCUUCUCGGUCUCGCCAACCACUUCAAGUACGCCACCGGCGGAAUCCUGCAGAUUCCCGAUGUUGAUAACAUCAAUAUCGUGAACGAUGCCGGCACCUCCACUGAUGGCAACAUCGGCAAGCACCUGAACACCUGCAACAGCGAGUGGUCAACUAAGCCAACAUAUGUUCUUGUCGACUUCUUCAGCGAGGGGAACCCUCUCGAUGCUGUUGACUCUUUGAACGGCAUUUCCGACGUGACGGGCCGUACCGCCGCCCCAGCUAGGUCAAAAACAUCUGGUGUCGCUCGGCCUUCAAAGCCCUUUGAAUUCGUCGCCAUUCUUACCUUUCUCUCUGCCGUGCUGAUACUUUGCUAA